AAGCGAAUAAGGACUAAGAAGCAGAAGCAACAACGUCAUCAAGCUGUCUUUGUCAUUUCACCCGAUUUGUGAGCGAGAUGCAACAUCUGUGAGACUGUGACAGCUAAAUGAACAGGAGGAGAAACAAAGCACCAGAAGACAUUUUACUGAAUUAAGUUCCUCUCAAUGAGUUUGACUCCCCUGGAAGUCAGAUCAAUCCUGCCAAGCAAAAUGGAGCCCGAGGAGGUUGAUUCGACUCCACACAAUUCUGGUAACUGAAUAAGUAAGACAAAAGUUGCCUCUGCAGAGGCAAUAGUAGAAAUCAAAUUCACUGAACGUGAACAUCAUCAAAUAGGUGUCAGGUGAAUGGAUAGUAAUUGGUAGCCUCAAGCCCACUCAACAUUUUAAUUUCGCAAUGUUAUUGCCCGUUUCGUCUUCUAGAAGAUCAAGACAAUUUCGAUACAGACACUGAUGUGAUGGCCGAGUCUACCACAACGGCAUUGAACCGUUGGCAUCAGUCGAGUCCCAUUCGUUCACCCUGGGACGUAGAGCAGCGAUUGAGACUAUUGUGGCGAGAGUAUUUGUCUCUGGUGGUUAGCAUGCAGCUAAAUAAAAUGGGUGACGGCGGCGGAAACCGCUCUCAACAGCCAGGAGCGCCGGAUUGCGGAGGCGAUAACAACCAUCGAGAACUCUUUAUCGUCUCUGGCUCUCGACCAUUGUGGAAACUGGAAUGUGUCACCAGUUUAUUUUCCCGCUAAAAUCAUGGAAGAUGGAUUAUUUGAAAAUGUCCAUUAGAAAAAAACUAAGAAACCGCUGGCAAAUACCGAUCCGGCGAACAGUGCUCCAGUGCUCCUCUUUCCCGUUGCCAGGCAACAAUUUUUUCCACGCUGCUCGUCUACUGAAAAGGAGAAUGCGUUGAAUAGUAAAUUGAUGUGCGGAUGAAGACGAUUUCGUGCUAGUCUGGGAUGCAAUAGAUUUAUCUAACCGAAGCCUUUCAAAAUGGCGACGACGUUACAAAUUGUGAUUGACGUGUCGCCUGUCGCCGUUCUCAACAUAUUUUUGGAUUUUUCGUUUUUUUCCGCGAGAUGGAGUGGAUUUGGAGAAAGAUCUGUAUUUACAUGUUUUAAGUACUGUUGCAAUGUGUGACAGAUGGUUUUUAAGAUAGACCAUAAAUUAAUAGCAGCUUCAUAUAUUGUUGUCCUUUCAGUAUUUUUGCUGACUCCAAAAAACCAAAUUAAACAAUGGGUAUUACGACUUGGAUACUCAUGAUUCUUAAAUUGUGAUUCUGUGUUUACAGGUAAUCCAGCACAAAUUCAACAUGCUUCAAGUGCAAUUAUUAAAAAAUCUUUGAAUGCUUGCCAUUACUUAGAUUUGUUAAAAAGGAUUUGGAUGUGGAUUCCUCUGUUUAGUAGAAACAUCAACUUUUGUUGUGAGGCUUGGUGUAUCAUCUAGGUAUGAAGCUACUGUGUGCUCACUUUUCUCCGAGUUCAGCAACCUUUACAUCAAUGAUCACAACUGGAUAUUCAAUUGUUAUUUCAACAGGGCAUUAUUGCGUAAUAAUACUUUGAGUGUAUUACUAAUGUCGACUUGAAGCAGAACCGUCAACAAAAUUUGAACCAUCGUCAUCUCGCUCUUAAAACGUCCUCGCCCAGAGCUCCAGUAUCUUGUGGUGUGCAGCUACAUCCAGCUGCGACGUUGGUGGAGAUGAUCUUUUCAGGUAGACCGGUCGCCGGAUUCCUAAUGAAAACCUGUUCCUGAGCAAACGAUUUCGUCGAUGGCGACCACAACAUUUCCCAGUGGAUGAUCGUUUUCUACGGUUUUGUUUUCCACUUUGAAAGGACAAACCGUUUGGGAAUGUCGUCCGAGUUCCUGCAGUUCUUCCACGAUGGAAACCAUGCGAUACUGGACCACGUUGUCUUCUUCUUCAGGCUGUCCAAGUUGACCGGAACUAAUUGCGGCAGUGCUUGGUAGGACUGACCAGGCAAUGAGCUGCGGAGACGCAAAAGGUAACUAAAAGCAAGAUUGUUUUCAUCGUCAUGUCAAUGAUUGAAAGUUCUGGGACUAAUUCAGAGCAGUAACUAUGAGCCGAGUUCAAAGUAGUUGUGAUGGAUUCUAUUCUCGAAUCGACCGUCUUUAUAUGAGAAUUAAAGACGACAAAUGGAAAAGGUUCAAGGAUGUUGAUCUCCGCAUUUAUUUAGCACAAUUUAGUAAUUGCAGGACGUUUCUACAAAUUAUUCUUUUACGUUCGAUGAUGCCCAUCUCAAUUUUCCAUCAGUUUUAUGACGCGCGUUGCGUCAUUUUACGUCCCCCAAACAUUGUUUGCCGUCUCGACAGGAUUUCCAGGAGUUCUGCACGUGAAAAUUUCCGUUAUUAUUGUCAACCGCGUAACAUUAAACUUUUGGGGUUUCGGAAGGAAGUUAACCAUCGAGUGCGCUCGUAGGGGAAAACGCGGAAUCCAUGACGGAUGUUGGAAAAGUCGUUACCAUUCGGAUGAUAUUGCUACGCGGUAAAAUCGGUUUCCUCAUGCAGCGGAAUGAACCCAUUUCGCCAUUCACCCAGUUGAUUUCAUUCGUUGCUCCACUCUGUUUUUUAUUGUACAAGAGUUAAGUAACUGUGUUUAACCUUGACUGAAAAACGUGUUCUCGGGGAAGAACGCGUUAUUGUUUUGACGGAAAUAGGAGUAGUUAUAUUGUGUUCAGUUUUCACGAUUGCUAUUGGAAAUCCGUCAUUUUGUGUUUCCUGUUUGCGUCGAUUCGAAACCCAGCAGCCACUAUAGUGUGAGGUAUUCGUAGUUCUGAAGAACCUUUAUUAUAUCCUUAAUCGAAACGGUGUGUCAUACUAUGUCGUGUCAUGUCAUGUCAUGUAUGUCAUGUCAUACGAGUCAGUGCUAUGUCAUGUUUUUUCAAUCAAGAUUAAGUGUUUGCUAUUUAGUGUCGAGAAGAAGCUGGAUCCUCUCGAGAUUGUCAGUUUUGACUCUUCUACUUAGCUGUACACUGGACUGUGAGGGAAUAACACACCUGGGCGAUUCGAGUUUUCAAUGGCAUCUGAAAAAUGCCAUUUUAAUUACUACUCGUUCGUCUGGGUGUUUGACCUGCAUGAGUGCUGCGGUUGUCUUGAUACUGUACAAAGCCGUGAUGCAGUCUCAGCCAGCAUCGAAUAUUUUUCGAAACGAAAGCGUAAAUACCAUGAUCCAGGAGUAUUUAAAUAACGCCAUGUAGCCUAAUAUAGGAUGCGGGCGAUAUAACCGCCUACACUCACCUGAAUAGGGUAUUCAGGGGGAGGCGGACCGCUUAACAAUAAUCAAAUGUACAUAAGACGAUACAAAUAUAACAGUCUUUAUUCAUUAAAUAAAGGAGGAGGAACCAAUAAAAUUUCCCCAGGGCUAAUUAGUAUUUCAGUCGGAUCACGCAAUAUUUGUUUGGGCAUAAUUGCGUUUGUAUAGGAAAUUUGAAACCUACACUGUUUUAAAAAAACUUGUCAACUAUUUCGGGGUUAAACGCCCUUUCAAAACAUCAGGGGAAUUAAAUUCAUCACCAAUAACAAGCCCAAUUUUGCAUAUGAAAAAAAGUAGUUUCGCAAUGAGAAUGCGUGAGAACGCUCAAUAUCCGUAGGCCUAAUUUCUCGCAGGCCUUAUUUUUGUUUAAAAUAAUGCUGAAACAUAGCUGCCAGUACGGGGCUAUAGCUACCGGCAGCGAGAACAUGAUGUAACGGGUAAACAUUUUCAAUCGCUGAUGGGUGGUCACCAUCACCGAAGCCGCCUGAAAGAGUUCCGUCUGCUGAUAAGCCAUGAUCCGUGACACAACCCCACUGAUGGAAAUGAAGAAGAAUCUGUUGAUGUUGAUGCAGCAGAGGAUUCGUGAUACCGAGGCCAAAUCAGUGUCAGAGUAGCCUACUCCAGCAGGGCCAGCCGAAAUUGCGGAUAAGGUUUGACGACGAGGAUAUUGUGUGGGGAUAUGACGACACGCCGCUCGCACAAGCCCAGCAGAUGGCCGCCGGGGUCCAGGAGUUCGUUGAGUCAAUCGAGAACAGAAGAACUGCACAGGUUGACGUUGUCCACCAGCAGCAGAAGCCAAUGGACUGUGACGCAAGGCCUGGACCAACAAGCUGAUGUCCACUCAUCAUUCAAAACGGCCUUCGAUGCUGCUGAUUCCGGCGACACGGUUUCACUGCUGGAAAACCUUAUUAGCGAGCUUAUUAGCCAGCUUUUGGUGUGUUAAUUGGUGUUGCUAGACGUCCGUCGCAGCAGUUCUUCGUUGUCACUCAAGAGCUGCAGUAGGCUAGUUAUCCCAGCAACUGAACAACUCUUUCAAGAUGCUGAUGAUGUGCUUCUUCGACCGUAUAGUGCGAACACAUUCCUGCGAGUCCAGUGUAAAACCUUGUGUAAAUUUCCCGCGACUCGAGGAGUGUAUAACGACUGACGGAUUCUUCGCAUUUGAUUUUGCAAGUCGAUGGCGGACAGUUCGUCGGAUAAUUCCGUCGACUUCGACGGCCAAAAUUCCUCCAGAGUGCGAGCCUCAAUCAAUAGUGAAGUAAACUUGUGUUAAUGAUCCGAGUCCCAAUCUCUCAAACUGAUGACCGGACGGACCGGACCGGGCCGAUGCAAUGAUGGGUGCAGCAGGGCAAGAAGCUAAGCGAGAAUGUUUGAGAAUAGAAGAAAAGAAAAGGAAUUAUUGCUUGGAAGAGAAAGAAGAAAAGAAAUUAUAACCUUUUGAAUUUCUAUCCUCGGAUGCGACGUGCUAGCUGAAUAUCCUUUUGGGCAUGAUGAUGGUGAGACACGACUAGCAUAAACGGCACACAGAUUGGUGUCUUCAAAUAGGCCCACCAAAAAAGGCUUCGACUUACUACAUUAAACAUCGUCCAAUUGAAUCGUUUCGAAUCGUUUAUUGCAAGUUUACUAGUACUUGCUUAACCGCACACGACACGCCUAUAAUUUUUCUGUUUUUCAGACGAGCCUAAAUCAGACUGGUUCAGUUAUUGAAGCAAUUAAAAUUAGUUAUUAUUAGUUUUUUAAAUUAGCAUCGGUUUGCGUUUUUGACGAUUCAUGAAUCCGUUGAAAUAGUCUCGAGUCAAAUAGAAUUGGCAGUUUUAGUGCGACUAGGGCGGGCUAACGAAGAGUUGCUCCUCCUUCUUUCUUCCUCCAUGGAUAGCAGACGAAAAUAGCUUUACAAACAGCACAAACAGCAUGAGUGCCAUGUGCAACUGACAGUAAAAGAAACCAAAUAGAUUGUAAUUAUUAGUUUAUUACACAUUUUCGCUGGUCUUGUUUCAAAAGAAAAUGAGUGGUGAAGUGAUGUCAAGGAAAAGAGCUGCACGGAUUGAGCGACGUAAAUCCCGAGUUGCAGCAAUUUUCAAAGUCGACGAAAAGCCAGAGGAAAUAACGAGUGCACAGAAAGAAGAACAAGGAGAUGAGCCACCAGAGAAGCAGUUGCAGUUGAGUCAGUUGAGUGACGAAGAAUACAAAGCACUUAGGACGAAACUCAGGGAAAGAAACAGAUUGACACAGUAUACCCCUGUAUUUAGACUCGUUCAAUUGGGCCUCACUGCCAGUUUGAAUGUCCCCAAGGCUUCUCGCAUUCCUGUUCUUGUGACUGAUGUGCAAACCCUUUUCUUGUAUACUAUUAUUGGGGAUUCCCGCUAUGACCACUAUAAGUGGUGCAGUCUUAACAAAUGGAAUAACCUGACACAAACACUGAUUUUGAUUGUUGAAGAUGUAUCAGUGGAUGAGUUAGAAAACAAUACUGAUGUUUUCUCAGAGACUCUGAAAAUUUUUGAAGAUGUAGUAGAAAUGAGUAAUCCAGCAAGUGAUGGCUUUAGUCUUGAUCUUGCCUUAGCCUAUGUACCACUCAGUUAUGCAAUGAAGAGAAGAGUAAUGGAAGGCUAUCCUUCCUUGCAAGCUGCCUGUAAGGAUGGGUACAUAUAUGGAGUUACUGACUCACCAGUUCAAGAAAAUACUGAUAAAUUAUCUGCUGAAAGCCAUUCAUCAGAGAUUCCAACUAUAAAUUCAGAACAAAUUGUUUCAGGAUUGAAAGAAAAAACAACAGAGGCAAAAACCGAAAGAGAUGGAGAAAAAACAAGUAGGAACUGCUUGUCGAAUAACACCGAAGAGGGAAAUGUAGUGACGGGUGAUGUGAUGAGUGAGGAAAAAAGGCAGUGCAACGAAUCAGAUCUGAUAAAAACUGAUGUAGCCUCAAGAGUACAGGAGCAGGCUAAUUUGAACGAAGUAACGUCUUCAAACGGCGGUACAUGUUUAGAUAUCAUUACCCAGGAAGACAAAAGCAAAUGUAGUCGACUUGAGUUGUUGUUAAACGCCUCUCAACUUAUCUCCGAACUGUAUCCUUUGCCUGGCAACGAAGAGUGUUGCAAUUUUGUUUUCACUCAGAAUAAAUACGAUCCUGUCACUGAUCAGUCGCCCAUGUUUUCGAUAGACUGCGAAUGGUGCAUUUGUGUUGAUGGAUCAUAUGGUUUGGCUCGCGUGGCUGUUGUUGAUGAAAACCUGAAAACUUUAUAUCACACUUACGUCAAACCAGAUUUGGCGAUUGCGGAUUACCUUACGAGAUAUUCAGGAAUUACCGAAGAGUUACUCCUGGAUGUUAAGAAGACCCCUUCUGAUGUUCAGCAGGAUUUACGAAAUUUGUUACCUUCUGACGCCAUUCUUGUUGGCCAAUCUCUACAGUCUGAUUUGAAAGCCUUAAAAAUGUUUCAUCCGUACAUCAUCGACACUUCCGUGAUUUUCAAUAUGACCGGCACGCGUUCCUUCAAAAGCAAACUCAAAGUGUUGGCGGCUUCAUUCUGUGGCCGUCGCAUUCAGGAUUCUUCAGAUGGUCAUGACCCGACAGAAGAUGCAAUUGCUGCAAUGGAGCUAGUACAAAAGAAGAUGAAAAUGGGAACAGAAUUUGGAGAUGUUAUUCUAAUUAGGGAUUCCUUUCCUCAUUCGUCAGCGGAGGGAAAUAACCAGGAUAAUCUCAUUCAUAUGAAGCUCUUUACUUUCAUUCAAAGUCACAACAAGAGUGCAACGUUAAUCACCACACACCCUUCUGUAGAAAAGUCUUAUCGCCCAGGAUUACUUAAACUCAAUUCGGCUGUUGUCAAGAGAAAAAAAGAUGAAGAAUCAUUGGCAGAGCCUGUUCAAAUGCUCGCUGCUAGUGAUUUAAAUGAAGCCGUAACAGUAACAUCACGUUCACGUUUCAACAACAACUUCACCCUUGUUCAUACUUCUUUGGAAAAAGGAGAGCUGGACCGCAAAGCGAAAUUGAAAGAGCUAGACAAAGCCAUUGCGGAAAUAUACCAUGGAGUUUCUGUGAAUGGAAUGAUGAUUGUAAUAUUUGGGGGGAAAACUAAUCCUGUGCAGAACGGAGCUUGUCUUGUGCGUGUAAAUAACAGAUCUCGACCAUUGUGAAUUACAAUGCAUUUGAAUUUGAA